AUGUUUUCUGAUCUUCAUCAAAGUGUAAAACAACAGAAUUUUGAUGGAGUCAAAGGAUUCUUUAAGGAAACGUGAGUUUUUGCUGUUUGUGAUAAUAUUUUACUUUAGAUUUUUUAAUUAACAGAUGUUUUACUGCUGAAGAUAAAAUUCUUGGCUUUUUUACAGUUAAAGUAUUUGCUUUUAAGUUGUUGGUUUUUUGUAUAAAAAUAAGAUCAAAGUACCAACAAUGUUGUUGUACCCAUUUUUGUUCAAUAAACUGACAUGUUUAUUAUAUAUCUUACGUUCUUUCUAUUCUCAAUACCUAAAAUCAACAUGUCACUUUAAGAAAGACAUCUCACGAGCUUACAAAACAAAAGCUGGAGGAGUUUCUACGUCGAGAAUGCUUGAAAGUGAUUUUAGAAGGUGGAGACAUCAGUCAGCUGAACUCGCUAUUGGAGUUUAUUAUAGUUUUGUGUCGGAAUGGUAAGUUGUCAUAUUCUUUUUUAUUUUAUUCUUUAGAACUUUGUCCAAAGGCUUUAACAUGUGCCAUAAUGCAAGAUGUGUUUGAAACCAGUUCAACUAGUCGAUGUUUGGAGCUGUUCAACUUGGUCGAGGAUCUCAUUGUUACCUGGAAGGAGGUGAGUUGGUUUUAUUGGAUAAAACUUUUAUGUUUAAAUGUGAAACAGGAACGAAAAGUUUAUGAAUUAGUUUUUGUUGUAUUUUGAAGGUUUUUAAGUAAAAUUAAUUCAAAACAUUAAGAUGUUCUAGUUUUAUCAAGAAUAUCAUAAAAAAUUAAAUUUAAAACAUAAAUCUUCAUUUUUCUACAAUUUCUUUGUACACAAUUUAAAGUAAGAAAACGUUGUUUUAGCCAUUCUUCUUCGAUUCCUGCAAGAACCAGAUCCUUCGAAUGUGUAACGACCUUCUGAAGCGUCUGUCAAGAACAUUGGAUACCGAAUUUUGUGGUCGAAUUUUCAUAUUUUUGGCCAAAACUUUUCCAUUAGAAGAGAAAUCAGGUUUGAACUUGACUAGUCAGUUUAACUUGGCAAAUGUCACAAUAUACGAGGAGAAGAAAGAAAAUGUGAUAAAGCCGGUCGAAGAUGUUGAUAUGGAAAUGGGAGAGAUCAGGGAGACCAAGUAAGGGUUGAUUUACCUUCUCUUGUUUUGCACUCUAGUUUUUGCAGGCUUGUAUAGAUUUUUAAAAUUUUUAAAUAUAUAUUGAAAUUUUAGGGAAGAAAUUGAUUACGAGUUGUACAAGAAGUUCUGGGGUCUACAAGCCUACUUUGUCAAUCCAGUACAACUUUUCCAGGCUGAGAAUUGGAAAAGGUUCAAUCAGGUUAGAUUUUGUUUUUUUGACGUAUUUGUUUAUUUUUUUGACAUAAAAUAAGCGGUCUUUGAAAGGAUAAGGAUAAUAUUUUAGAACAUAAGCAGUGUCUUUGAAGCCAUGUCGUCUCAAAAGGUGGACAAGAUCACUAAUGAUGAAGAACUUGAAAAAGAGGAUCAGUCUUGGUUCUCAGCCAAAUAUCUGACUAGUAAUAAGGUUGGUUAUUACUCCUAUUAUCUUUUUGUUUUAAAAAAUUUAUUAUUUUGUUAAAUCUUUGAUAUACAAGGGCAUUUAUUACCUAAAAAUGUGUUUUUGACUGAAAAAUGACAUUUUUCUGUGAAAAAAUUAGUUUUCAGAGCAAUUUUAAUCAAAGUUUUUUAGCUGUUUCUUCUACAACUGAACGACUCACAGUUUAGAAGGUAUUUCUUAGUACAAUGUUUGAUUACCUGCGAGUUUUUAGUCAAUAACACAAAGACAAAAGAGUAAGUUUUUACUUUUUGCUGGCUUUAAAAUCAUUUUUUUUCACAGUAUAAAAAAUAAAUUUUAAAUGAUUUCGGUAUUGAAAACAAGUUUUUGUCGAAGUUUUUAAUAGAAAUAUUAAUUUUUACAUUGUUCCCAUUAGAAAAAAGCAUGUUUUACAAAAUGUAUUGAAGCUAAAAAGACUGAUUUUAUGUUGUUUUAGCCGUCUAACGUCAGAUCAAGAAAAGUUGGUAAAGGAGUAUUCAGACAAAGCAUAUUCAUUAUUAAAAGAAACACAUCCCAAUGGAAAUAUCUUUGCCAAAAGUGUAAAGAAGUGUCUUCAGAAUGACAGACAAUGGUCUCAAUGGAAGUUCCAAAGCUGCCCAAACCUACUUAAUGAACUUAAACCUGAAAAACUGAAGUUGAAUAACUUUAAACCGUGAGUUGUUUAUUUUUAAUGGAAAAAGUUUGUUGUUGUUCAACGGUUCCACUUUAUUUUGAAUGAACUUCUUGACGUAAUGUUGAGACUUAAAAACGUGUAAUAAUGGGUAAAGUGAAGAUAAGAAUUUCAGACGAACAUUUAACUUGUUUGACCUAAAAGUCAUUGAUCUGGGCAAUGUUGAACUAACCAGACUCUGGAAUAUGGGUAAUGACAAUUUGGAGGCUUGUAAAAGCAAAGAACGGUAAGUUUUGGACUGGUAUAAUGUUUUUGAAGCUUUUUAAAUAUAUUUUUUUAAAUUUUGGAUUUUUAAAAUUUUAAAAUUUUUUCACUGUACGACAAAUUAAAUUUGCACCGUGCAGAUUUAAAAAACUUGUUUUUUAAAUUUUUUGCAACGUUAAGCUUAAUAUUUUAGAGUAUUCACACCACAAAUCGAGUCAAUAGCGGACGAAAUAUUGGAUGAAUUAGACCCAGAACAGCAAGUAGAUGAUGAAUAUAAAUCGGUGAAUAACGAAAAAUUUCAAUGGACUUGUAGUAGACAUUUACUCUUUGCUACACCACAGUAUCUGGCCUUGAAUCCGCCUGCAGCUCUUAAUGCUAUUGCCAAAACUUCGGAUUACCUGUCAAAUGCAUUACUGAGCGUUUGUGAGGAUCUACCUGUAAGUUCAUGGGGCUGGGAGAUGUUUUAAACCACAAAAUUGAUUUUUAAAAUUUUUUAAACAAAAAUUUUUUUAAUGUUAAUCUUUUUUAAAUUUUGUAAAAUACGUUAGGUUACUCUUUUUAGUAUUACUUUGCAAAAUUUUGUGUUUUCAGAAGCUAAAAGACCGCGCAGCAUCAGUAACCGAGCAGAUGAAGAAGCUAGAGAUUAAGAAGAAGGAAGAUGAUGAAAAGAAAAAGAAAGAGGAUGAAAUAAGGAAGAAAGAAGAGGAAAAACAAAAGGAAGAAGAAGAAAAGAAAGCCAGAGAAGCAGCAUUAGCAGCCAAGGCCAAACGAGAAGAACAGAAACAUGAUUUGGAGGUAAGAGUUGGUGUUGUAGUAGGGAUAUAAUAGAAAAAGUUAUGUUAUAGUAGAGACAGCGAGUAUUUUUAUUCUAUUUGGAAGGUAAUCAGUCACAUUAUAGUAGGGGAACUUAUUUUUUAGUAGAUGCAUAUUAAAAGUUUUAAAAAUUGUUUUUACUGAUAUACCGUGAUUUUUCUCGAAAAUAUGAUGUUUUCAAAAAUAUAUAUAUAAAUACUAAAUAGUACAAUGUAUAUAUAUAUUCUUUCAGGGACUUCCAAUAUCAGGUCCAGCUACCCCUCCAAAUCUUCGAAAAGAAUUCAGGGACCUAAAACGACAGAAUUCAGACGUCCGAGAGUCCCCAAUCGAACCAAAGAAGUCGAAAAGUGAAAAAAGGAAAAAAGAAGACAAACGAAGUGGAUCCAGGUCGAGACGAUAG